AUGGCUAGCAUAUUUAUUCUGGCUGAUGUUUCUCGGAAUCACAAACAAUACACAGGGGUGUUUCAUUUCGCUCUAAUAUCGAAAUCUGCCUUCGCGAUGGAGUCUCUCUUGAAGAAUCUCGAAAAACAUGUUACUUGCUCUAUCUGUCUGGAUACUUACACCAAGCCUAAGACCAUAGCUUGUCUUCAUACCUUCUGCCUGAAAUGUUUAGAGGAGCACGCUUUGAGAACCCAAAGACAAGGAGAAUUUCGAUGUCCUGAUUGUCAGGCACAAGUCAAUAUCCCAGAAGGAAAGUGUUUCGAUAAUUUGCCGACUGGUUUUCUGCAAAACAGUUUGUUGAGUCUUCUCGCUGUACGACAAAGUGGCGAUGGAAGUCAGAUCAGUUGUGGUAUCUGUAAGAAAAAGAGCGCCGAGAUCAGCUAUUGCUUCGGUUGCGAAAAAUUACUGUGCCGUGAUUGUGUUAAUGCACACGAAUUGUUUCGAGAGAGCGCCUUUCAAGGACACAAAGUGACGGCAGUGAAACAGUUUCAAGCCGUAGAUUACGAGGCCUUGUUAAAGCGUCAGUCCUUUUGCCCUCAGCCUUACCACGAGAGAGAGGUAAGCAGGUUUUUUUGCCUUGAAUGCCAGAUUUGUGUUUGUCAAGUUUGCAUAAACACUGAUCACAAGAAUCAUAAUGUUGAUCCGCUUGAGAAAUCAGCGGAUGCCGAGAAAACAAACAUCAUGGCGGCAGUCGAGUCGAUAGAACAAAAGAAGAAAGUUUGUGGCGAUGCGAUUAACACUUUUCAACAAGUUGUUGUAGAGCUGGAGCGAAAUAUAACCGCUGCUAAACGAAAGGUUUCCCAAACAGCCGAGGAAAUGGUCGCGAAGAUUCGAGAACACGAGCGGAAAGCUACAAAAAUCCUCGAGAAUACACGCGUGUCUAGAAUGGAGAAAAUAAACUCUCUAAACGAGCAAGUAAAGUCAUUCAUCAAACAGCUUGACCAAGCAGUUCAGUUUGCAAAAAACCUGGUUGAGAGAAGCUCAAGUUCGGAUGUCAUGAAAAGUAAGAAGAGUUUAGAGCAGCGAUUUGAAGAUCUCGACAAGGCCACAGUCCCUUCGCUUCUGGUUAGCUCAUACGUGAAGUUUUUCUCGACUAAUGCACUUGACAACCUAAACCUGGGGUCAGUGAUAACCAAUGAAACAGAUGUACGGUUGUCAUCAAUGGAAGCUCUUACUGAAAAUCUCCAAGCUGGUCUGGAAGCAGAGCUUCUGAUUUGUCCAAGGCGGGAGAGUGAAGAAGAGCUUUCAAGUAAAUGUCAGCGUGAACUUGACGUUAAAGUGCUCAUAGAACCCGCUGAGGAUGUAGCAAGUUUAAGAACUUUUAGAAAAGAAAAUGAUGAUUUCCACGUGAAGUUUCUUCCUAAAGUACCUGGCAUCUACAACAUGACAGUCAAGAUAAAUGGGAACAAACUUGUUACCAGUCCUUUCAGGGUCCAGGUAAAGGAACGACGGAUUGAUGUUGUGGGCGAGUUAGUUCUAAAAAAAGAAAUUUCUAAUUGUCCAAAUUGGAUUGCUGUCAACAGCAAAGGAACAAUCGCUCUUAGUGACGGUGAAAAAGACUGCAUUCUUAUGUUUGAUAAGGAUGGAAAUUUUGUGCGAAAAUGUGGUUCUUAUGGAAAAGGGCCUGGGGAGCUAUUUACUCCAGCUGGAUUGGCAUUCCUGAAUGAUGACGAGCUUCUGGUGGUAGAUGACAGUAAUGGCCGAAUUCAACAAUUCAAUGUACAGACAGGGAACUUUGUGAAGAGCUUUGGAGAGGAAGGGACUGGAGACGGCGAAUUUAGAAGACCCGAAGGAAUUUCCAUAAAUAAUGAAGGACAUGUCAUUGUAGCGGAUUGCUUUAACGACAGAAUCCAGGUCUUGGACAAAGAUGGUAAAUUCAUGUUCAAAUUUGGAGACGAUGACCCUGGAAAGCUAAACGCACCUAGUGGAUGCAUUUAUCACAAAGACAAGUUCAUUGUAUCUGACAGUGGAAAUCAUUGUUUGAAAGUGUUUGAUAAGUCAGGGAAGUUCUUGUACGAGAUUGGAGAAGAAGGCGAAGCUGAUGGACAAUUUGUAUCUCCAUGGGUUUUGUGUGUUGAGAAAUAUGGCGAUCAUCAGAAUAUUUUGGUUUGUGACAGAAAUAAUGGACAUAUUCAACAGUUUACAAUGGAAGGUUGUUUUAGUGGCAAAACUGUUAUUAAGCUAAAAGAUCCGAGAGCAAUAGCUACAACACCAGAUGGUCGUAUUUUAGUUUGUGACUUUGAAGACAAGAAAAUUCAUAUCUUGAAAUAGACAUUCAAAUGUGUUUUGCAAAAAGGAAUAAUGUUGUGGGAAUGGUAACAAAGUUAGCACUUUUAUCGUUACACCGGCAAUGGUGACUGUGAAGACAAAAAAAUUCAUAUCUUGAGACAGACACUCAAAUAUUUUUUGCAAAAAGGAAUAAUAACGAAGGAAUGAUAACAAAGUUAGCACUUUUACCAGUAGACUCAGCAAAAAAUUCGUGCUGUGAAAAUGAUUUGGUUAGAGGUCCUUUAGGUGCAUCGGAUGUAUGUAAUAAACACUGAACUGAAUAACAUGAACUAGGCAUGCAUGGAUCAGCGAGCCUGCGAUCCUUACCACCAGGUGUAUUGUUGGAUAUCGAAGUCACUCGUUCCCAGGUUCCUUUGUCAAUCUUUUAUUUAGGAGGGAAUAUUCAACUUUUAGCUUGUCACGUAUAUUUACGUGAAAGUUUUAAUUUUGCAGGAUAGGAAUGAAUGAAUGAAUGUCUUAAGAUUAUUUCAUUGAAACAUAUCAAAUUCAUGGGGUACAAAUAGUCUUAACAUGAAUGUAGUGACCACGCCCACUUCAAAGCCACUCGAAUCGAGUGUAAUUUUCGAAUGUUUUACCAUCGUGCGGAUUCUCUACGGAAAAAGCACUCAAUGUACCUCUGAAAUAUUAAACUAUAAUAUUGUGGCUUUCUAUUUCGCUAAUUUUCUAACUUGAAGGUAAAGUUUUUCCCCCGUCAUUUUUACCUUUCCUUCGAGCGGUUGCGUGAAAUGAACAAGGCGUUUUUGAUCAAAACACGACCGAGCGAGGGGUCUCGGGCGAUAUCUCUUUUACGCAGGCGCAUUUUAAAAAUGUACUGCCAGAAUCAAAAAGAGGAACAAAUUUCCUUUGUUUUGACAUGUAAAGUGUAGAACAAAAAGCAGAUUUACCCUCGUCAAAUGGCGUUUCAAAACAGCUGUAUCUUCCUCCUUUUGAUUUUUUCCUGUUUUGUAAGCGUGAAAGCAGUAGGAGAGGGAUCGGGAAACUCAGAAAGCGCUUCGGGAAUUAAUCUGGCAUCGUUUACUUACAAGAUAAACAAGUAAGAUUUGUGAAGUUCGUUGAAGUAUGAAGUCUAAAUAAAUGACUUUUUUAAGCUUGUUUGCUGGAUUUUUCGUAAACUUCCCUGAUUAAUUUUUCGUUUCAGCUGACUUAUCUAUACUAUUUCAAAGCAAUGCAAAGACGAAGACGGAGAACCAUGAGUCGGUCCUCUCAACAAUCGUAAACAAAGUGUUUGAGCAAUCAGGUAUACGAGGAGUAAUAAUCAACAGCCGCAUAUCAGAAGUCUUCAGAUGGAAAAUAUUCUGUCUUCAGAAAGCUGUCAAGAAAGCUAGUAAUCGUAGUGGAAGGCAAUCAAAUGCACUUCUUAGCAAGUUGGAAACGGGCCCUCGGUAUCGAUCUAAUAUCAUAUCGAUCUCAAUAUCAUACAGUUUUGUAUCUUUCUUCCGUGGAUUCGCCUUUCUAACGGGGGUGUAUGUUGAGUAUUCAUUGCAAAAUCGCUUUGUUUUUUCUAUUUCCCUCUUUGGUCUGUUCGCAACGGAGAGCAUGCACAUUACGUGGGGCGAUUUUAAGUUGAUGAGUGCAAUAGGUAAAGUAAAUUUGCAAACAAGAAAUACUUAUUUUUCAUUAUACAUGAUGAAAAAAUUGGUCAUAAAUUCAUAGUAAUAGCAAAUUCUUUAACUAAAAUUAGUGAUCAGAGGAGACUUAGAAAUGUGUGACU